CUUUGGUGUCUGUCCUUCAGCGAUCACACACACACUGUCAUUUCCACGCUUUACGCACGAGCCUAGUUUUCUCUAAAGAGCACAAGAUCUGAUUUUCUCCUUUUUAUUUGGAACGCAGCAGCCAAGUCAGCGAUCAGCAUGGGCGGGGACCCCAGCUCCGCCCCUGCCCGCCCUAGCGCCCUUGGGUCCCCUGCUCCAGGGAUCUGGAAGGAUUUCACCCAGCCGGCGUGGAUCUCCGCUUGUGGACCGGGAAUGUGGAGUCCAGGCUCCGUAGAGCGUCCGCUGUCUGCGCAUCCAGUCCGCGGCGGUUGACCCCCUGUCGCCGGCGAACCGAGGCAGCGGCUCAUGGACGCAGCGGAGUCCCAGGCUCCUGCGGGGACAGGAGGUGACUGUGAUCCGGGCUGCCGCGCGCUGCCGCUCGCUUCUGGCCUGUCUCUUUAACUAGGAUCCAAUGAUGGCUCUGGAGGAAGUCCAGCAGAGACAUGCAGGAGACUUUCAAGAGAACAGCUCUGUGUACUGGUGUCAGCAGCUUCCUCAAACUUGGGUUGCAUGAUGGCCUUUUCCAUCCUUGGACCUUUUUUCCCCAAGGAGGCAGAAAAGAAGGGGGCCAGCAACACCAUGAUUGGGAUGAUCUUCGGAUGCUAUGCUUUAUUUGAGUUGUUGGCAUCUUUAGUGUUUGGAAAAUAUCUUGUACAAAUUGGAGCCAAAUUUAUGUUUAUAUCUGGAAUGUUCAUCUCAGGAGGAGUUAUAAUUCUUUUUGGUGUCUUGGACCAGCUUCCGGACGGACCCAUAUUUAUUGUCACGUGUUUUCUGGUGAGACUAGUAGAUGCCAUAGGCUUUGGUGCAGCCAUAACAGCAUCAUCCUCUAUCCUCGCAAAGGCCUUCCCCAAUAAUGUGGCUACUGUGCUGGGAAGCCUUGAGGUUUUUUCUGGACUGGGGCUUAUAGUAGGUCCCCCUUUAGGUGGCUUUUUGUAUCAGUCCUUUGGCUAUGAGGUGCCUUUUAUUCUUCUGGGGUGCAUAGUUCUACUGAUGAUACCACUCAACCUAUGUAUUUUGCCCAGUUAUGAGUCGGAGCCAGGUGAACAUUCCUUCUGGAAACUUGUCUCAUUACCCAAGGUCAGUCUCAUAUCCUUCGUCAUCAUCUCCCUCAGCUCCUGCUUCGGCUUCCUGGAUCCCAUCCUCUCUCUCUUCAUCUUGGAGAAGUUCAAUUUGCCAGUUGGAUACGUGGGACUGGUCUUCCUGGGUCUAGCUCUGUCCUACACCAUUUCGUCACCGCUGCUUGGUCUCCUCAGUGACAGGAUGCCUAAUCUCAGGAAAUGGUUUCUGGUUUUUGGAAACUUAAUCACAGCUGGGUGCUACAUGCUCUUAGGACCUAUCCCCAUUUUGCACAUUAAAAGUCAGCUCUGGCUUGUGGUGCUGGUGUUAGUUGUACAUGGCGUCUCUGCUGGAAUGAGUAUCAUCCCAACUUUCCCAGAGGUACUCAGUUGUGCACAUGAAAAUGGGUUUGAAGAGGGAAUAAGCACUCUGGGACUCGUAUCUGGUCUUACUAGCGCCAUGUCAUCAGUUGGUGCUUUCAUGGGACCAAUGCUGGGCGGAUUUCUGUAUGAGAAAAUUGGUUUUGAGUGGGCAGCAGCUAUACAAGGCCUAUGGGUUCUGAUAAGUGGACUUGCGAUGGGCUUAUUUUAUCUCUGGGAGCACUCAAAGACGAGAAGAUCUAAAGCUCAGAGCAUCACUGGCACAGAGGAGGAACAAGCUGCUCUCUUGCCCAAUGAAAUCUAGCAUUGCAAGCUCUGGAUUGAUACAGACAGGUGCCUCGUGUUGUGACAAAAGCAGAGGUCCUUGCUGCCUGGACUCAAACCCUCGAAGUGUCAAGCUGCUUUUAGAUGACCCUGUGCUGGGUUACACUUACUAUAGUUUGGAACAUCUAUGAGAAAGGGAAAACAAGCAGAAGCUGGUGUUUCUAAAUGACCCGCCUUGCCCCUCAGGGUGAUGUUAUUGACUCUCUUUGGCUUUCUUAUGUUCGCUUUUCAUUCUAAGUUCAUCAAUUCUCCAAAUGCACUUCUUAAAAUUAAUAUGUGAAGAAAUGAAACUACUUCAUACACAUUGAACAUGUACAACUGAAUGAACAAUUUUAUGAAAUCAGUAUUGAAAGAUGUGCCUUCUCUGCACUGAGAUUUUUAUACCCAUUAAAAAGGCAAAAUUCCUGCUUGCCACAUAAAAACUCCAGAGUGUUCCUUGGCUUUCAGGUUUUCUAAAAAUGUUUCUGUGGAAAGCACACACACACACACACAAAUAAUGAUACAUGUAAUUUUCAUUUUGUGACAUUUUCAGUUAUGAUAUGUAUUUAUAAUCAUUACUUGGCUUAAUAUUAUUCAUUUCCAAUCUCAGUAUCUCUUUGUUUUUGUCCCACAAUUCAUGUUUGUUUAUUGUGUUUACUACUUUUCACACUCUUGGAAGAUGUGUCCAAUCACUGGACAGGGCAAUACCCUCCCCCCAUCCACCACCUAGCUAUGAAUACAUGCUACAUGUUAGAGGGAUACUCCUCUAGCUUCAUGUAAAAUCCUUGCUGCAACUUGAAGUGAGAACGUCAACGUUGUACCUCCUGAUUCAUUUUCUUAUUGUAGUAAUUACGUUUCUUUUCUAAUAGAAUAAACGAUUUUGUCUAGCUA